GCUCCCACCGCCAGCAAGGCAGCGUCUCUGGGCUGUAACAACAAGCCUGCGUUCCCGGAGCUGGAUUUCAGGUCCGGAGCUCGGGUGGAGGAACUGAACAAACUCAUCCAGGAAUUUACGAAGCACGACCAGCGGGAAUACGACGACCAGAGAGCGCUGGAGAUUCACACCGCCAAGGAUUUCAUCUUUUCCAUGCUGGGAAUGGUGCAAAAGUUGGACCAAAAACUUCCAGUGGCUAAUGAGUACCUGUUGCUCUCUGGAGGAGUCCGGGAAGGUGUGGUGGACUUGGACUUAGAUGAGCUCAAUGUCUAUGCCCGGGGCACCGACUAUGACAUGGACUUCACUCUUUUGGUGCCGGCCCUUAAGCUGCAUGACCGUAAUCAGCCUGUGACACUUGAUAUGCGCCACUCAGCCUUGUGCCACUCCUGGUUGAGCCUCCGACUCUUUGACGAGGGGACGAUCAGUAAGUGGAAAGACUGCUGCACCAUCGUGGAUCAUAUCAAUGGCGCUACCAACUACUUCUUCUCCCCUACCAAAGUGGCUGACUGGUUCUACGACUCCAUCAGCAUCGUGCUGUCAGAGAUACAGAAGAAACCCCAGCGAGGGAUGCCAAAGGUGGAAAAGGUCGAAAAAAAUGGAACCAUCAUCUCCAUCAUCCUGGGUGUCGGGAGCAGUCGCAUGUUGUACGACAUCGUCCCAGUGGUGUCUUUCAAAGGCUGGCCUGCUGUGGCCCAGAGCUGGCUCAUGGAGAACCACUUUUGGGAUGGGAAGAUUACGGAGGAGGAGGUCAUUAGUGGGUUUUACUUGGUGCCUGCCUGCUCCUACAAGGGCAAGAAGGACAAUGAAUGGCGGCUGUCCUUUGCCAGGAGCGAGGUGCAGUUGAAGAAGUGCAUCUCUAGCAGUCUCAUGCAGGCCUACCAGGCCUGCAAAGCCAUUAUCAUUAAACUCCUGUCUCGGCCCAAGGCUAUCAGCCCCUAUCACCUGAGGAGCAUGAUGCUCUGGGCCUGCGACAGACUUCCCGCCAACUACUUGGCUCAAGAAGACUAUGCGGCCCACUUUCUGCUGGGCCUCAUUGACGACCUGCAACACUGUCUGGUCAACAAGAUGUGCCCCAAUUAUUUCAUCCCGCAGUGCAACAUGCUAGAGCACCUGUCGGAAGAGACGGUGAUGCUGCACGCCCGGAAGCUGUCCUCUGUCCGCUCAGACCCCGCGGAGCACUUGCGUACGGCCAUCGAGCACGUCAAGGCAGCCAAUCGGCUGACGCUGGAGCUGCAGAGGCGAGGAAGCACCACCAACAUCCCCUCCCCGCAGUCGGACGGAGGAGACCCCAACCAGCCUGAUGACCGUUUGGCCAAAAAACUGCAGCAGCUGGUGACUGAGAACCCCGGAAAGUCCAUCUCUGUCUUUAUCAACCCUGACGAUGUCACACGGCCCCAUUUCAGAAUCGAUGAUAAAUUUUUCUGAGGAUUUUGCUGACUGUUCCUUUUUGCUGGUUCUAAAACUCUUCAUAAUGUGUAGUGUGGUUUGUGAUGCUGUCUUUCUGUUUUUUACAUAUCCAGCCUAGAUUGGAUUUGUUAAGAACAAAUUUUAAGUUUCCUGGUUCUGCAGGAUGGUGCAGGCUCUGAAACAGAGACAAUGACUAUUUCAUAUUCUGCCUCUGGUUUUGUGGUUGUUUACUUUUUGUAGUUAUUGUCACAUAGUUUGUUUUUUGUUUUCUAAGGAGAACUUGAGCCAUAGAUGAAAAUGCCCAUGAAUCCUCUUGCUUUUUUUUUUUUUUUUUUUUUUUUUCGUUUCAUGCUUUGUGCAAAUUUAUUAAUGGACAUGAGGAAACAUCCCUCUGACAGUUAAAGAUUUUAUUAUUUUCUGGUGGUUUUUUUUUUUUUUUUUUUGGUCUGUAUUUUUAAAAGGAGCGUUCACCACUGUCAAUAUUAGAGAAUCUCGCGAACGUGGGAACUGCCUGGCAUGCUAGCUGGAUUUCUUUCUUUUGACCAGUGGCCAGAGUAGUCCACCAAACAAUGUAAACUUUGAAAGUGAUAAUGCUACAAAUUGUAUUUUGGAGCGACUCCACUGAAUGUAAUCAUCGUCCAAUCAGAGAGCGUUGGAUGGUUUGGAGGGUGUUUGACAGCUUUCCAGCUAGAAGUAAGAUUUCCAAAUGUUAGUUUCAGUGUGUGUAAUUAUUUGAAGCCUUAUUUAAAUCCUAUUAAAGAACAUACCAUUAUAAUUGUUAUUUGCACUAAUGAAGUUUUUGCCAUUGUCAGAGUUGCAAUGUGUAUUUCGAUAUAAAUUAACACCCACGCUUGAAAUGCUAUUAUUUUUUCAUUUAGCCCAUUUCUCUCCAUCAAUAGAAUGAUUCUUGCAUUUGUUUAGUUCUCCUUUAAUUACGGGGUCCUGUUUUGCCCCCUUAGAUAUUCCUGGUUCCCUCCUUACUGAGAGAAAUUUUUAAAGUUUUAUACCUGUUAAACGACUCUGUCUAAAGCUGGGGAAAAUAUAUACCUGAUAAAGUGUUUUUAUAUUUAUUUCUUUUGGGGUUAGAGAGGUAAGCCUUUUCACAGAGUCCUUUACUUCUCCUGAGGGUUUUGAGGGAAAAUAAUAGGGAGAAUUCGUAAUCCCCAAUUCGUAAUACCAUGUUUGUUCAAAAGCAAAUUUUGCUGUAGAGCAGGAACCAGGAAAUAUCGGUGAGUGGCGCUCUUAAUGUAGAGGUGUCCUGUUUAAAAGAAUGGAAUUACUUGCCAGAUUUAGGUGCUGCAAGGCCUUGGCCCCUGUAUUGGAUGGACUCAUGGCAAACUGCUGUUUGAGGGGUCAGGGUGCCCAUGAUGUCUACUAAUGGAAAUGUCAAACAUUUUGGUUUUAGUCUUGAAUGUCCAGACUCAUAGAUAGGAUUUGGGCCAAUUGAAAUCAGGCAUAUGCUGUCUUGGGUUUUUGCAUGGGUAUUAAUGUAAUGCUUAUAAAUGAAAAUGAAAUCAUUGAACCAUCUUAAGUCAAAUGCAAUGAUAAUAAUAAUAAAAGAAUCAUA